AUAGGGCGAUAAGGAUCCGACAGAAUGGGAUGACGGUGAAUCCUGCUGGUGUGCUGUGAAUGUGAAGCAGGACGGACUGGCAGUUUGUGUGCAGGAGGGAAAGAGAAUCGGUCCAGGGCCCCUGGAUUAGCAGAAUAAGGAAAGGAAAGGCUUUCAGGGAGCUGUUGCUUUGCUCUUGCUGCAGGGACUAUGGCUUAGCUGCAUGACUGGUUUUGACCAGCUGGAGAGAAAGAAAAUAUAGCUGACAAAAUUAAGCAUAUACCCCCAGCACGAUUUCAAGGGGUAAAGCCUGCGUGCGUGACCUGUAAGGAGGUACCCACACGGACACAGAGACAUCCUGCAGCACUGGUAACAGCACUGUUCAGCCUUGCUUUGCUGAGGAAGCUUCCCCACAAGGCUGCAGCAAUGAAUUUCCUCCGGCGGCGUCUCUCAGACAGCAGUUUCGUGGCCAACCUGCCCAAUGGCUACAUGAUGGACCUGCAGCGCCCCGACAGCUCCACCAGCUCCCCGGUUUCUCCUGCCACGGAGAGAAAGCACCUGCAGCCCGCCCAGCCCUCGCACUCGUCCUCCAGCAGCAUCUUCAGCUCCAUCUCCAGCGCCAUGAAGCAAACCACGCAGGCGGCCGCGGGGCUGAUGGAGCCCUCGGCCGGCCCCGCGCCCCCCGUGGCACAGAAACCCAAGGUGCUCCUGGUGAUCGACGACGCGCACACCGACUGGGCCAAGUAUUUCCAGGGGAAGAAGGUGAAUGGAGAAUUUGAUAUCCGAGUGGAGCAGGCCGAGUUCUCUGAGCUGAACCUGGCUGCCUACGUCAUGGGUGGCUGCAUGGUGGACAUGCAGGUCAUGAGGAACGGCACCAAGGUGGUCAGGUCCUUCAAGCCGGAUUUUGUCCUGAUCCGCCAGCACGCCUACAGCAUGGCACUGGGGGAAGACUUCCGCAGCCUCAUCAUCGGCCUCCAGUACGGCGGCAUCCACACGGUCAACUCCCUCUACUCCAUCUACAACUUCUGCAGCAAGCCCUGGGUGUUCUCUCAGCUCAUUAAAAUCUUCAAUUCGCUGGGCCCUGAGAAGUUCCCCUUGGUGGAGCAAACGUUCUUCCCAAGCCAUAAGCAGAUGCUCACAACCCCAAAUUUUCCUGUAGUGGUCAAGCUGGGACAUGCUCAUGCUGGAAUGGGGAAGGUCAAAGUUGAGAACCAGCACGACUUCCGGGACAUGGCCAGCAUAGUAGCCAUGGCAAAAACCUAUGCCACCACCGAGCCAUUCAUUGACUCCAAAUAUGACAUCCGAAUCCAGAAAAUUGGCAGCAACUACAAGGCUUACAUGAGGACUUCCAUCUCUGGAAACUGGAAGGCAAACACAGGUUCUGCGAUGCUAGAACAGAUUGCAAUGACAGAGAGGUACAGACUCUGGGCAGAUGCCUGCGCAGAAAUGUUUGGAGGUCUUGAUAUCUGCGCUGUCAAAGCUGUCCACAGCAAAGAUGGAAAAGACUAUAUCAUUGAGGUGAUGGACAGCUCAAUGCCCCUGAUUGGGGAGCACAUAGAAGAGGACAGACAACUUAUAGCUGAUCUGGUUGUUUCCAAAAUGACUCAGCUUGUCAUCACUGCUGGAUCUACGCCGUCACCGCUGAGGCCUUGGCCUCCACAAACUCAGCCUGCGUCAAUGAAAUCUCAGACUGGACCUCUGCUUGGACAACUGUCACAACCACGGCCUCCUCCACAAGGUGGACCACGCCAACCACAAGGAUCUCAGCCUCCACGGACAAAUGCACCCCCACAGCAGCGGCUGUCUCCUCAAGGACAGCAGCCCCAGAGUCCCCAGUCCACUUCCCCUCAGCAAAGGUCACCUGGAUCUCCACAGCAAGUCCGAUCAGCAGCUGGGUCCUCUCCAGUGCAGGCCUCCAAGGCAGGCGCGUUCCCCCCACAGCAGCCUAGGCCUCCUGCGCAAGGCCGGGCUCCCAGCCAGCCCAGCCCCACGGAAAUGUCCAAGCAGCAAACCAGCCCACAUCCACACCUGAACAAAUCGCAGUCCCUGACAAACAGCUUCAGCGUAUCUGAGUCAUCUCAGCGAGGAAAUGCCACUGAAGAUGAAGCAAAAGCUGAGACCAUCCGCAACCUGAGAAAAUCAUUUGCUAGCCUGUUUUCUGAUUAACAGUCCUGCAGCUGGAUCUGUGCUUUUGUCAGCCCUCACUCUACAUUAUGUCAUACCUGAUGUCAUCCUGGAAUACACUCAGUGAACCCAGCGAUUUACAACUAACACCUGGGUAAAGGGAAUUUAGACAACUAUAGUUCUUUUAAUACAAAGAAAAUAUUCGAAUAACAGUCUGAAAAGUGACUGUAUAAAAGUGUCACUAUUUCAUUGGGUUUUGUGCAUAAUCAGAAUCACAUCUGUUCAAAUGACUGAGUUGUAAAGCAAAUUUUACUCUUGCUAACCCCUGUGGAGUCAACACAGUUAUGACAGUGCAAACUGGGCUUUAUUUUGAUUUGUAUAUAGUCAAUACAAUUGUUAACUUCCAAUUACUGAAUUCUUGUUAAGUUCAAGCUAAAAAAAAUUAGACUUCUUUCAGAAACACAUGUGGAAAAGCAGAGUCAAGAAUAAGCGUACAUUGACCGACAAAUUGAGCAUGCUUGAGCAUCCAGUGAACUGUGGAAUUUCAUUACAGAACUUCAUAAAAGGUCGCUUUUCAGAGCAAAACUACAUUCAAGAUAAAUACAGUACCAGGCAACAGUAAGCACCAAAGAUCACACAGCAGGUCAGCCAGAUGGACUGCUGCUUUGUUCCAGAUCACUUUGCUCAUAGCAGAUAAAACAUCUCUUUCUCAUGCCUUGCAUUUAUAUCUUCUGUGCAUGAUUCCCAAGUUCUGAGAGAAAAAUGUCAUGUUCUAACCCUGUAGCCUUAGUUCAAAAAUAACCUAAGAAAUGGGUCUUCCACACAAAAAACAACUUCUUCCCCUGCUCCUGAAAACACCAGAGUUCACAUUCACAGUUCACACAAAUUCCAGACAAAACCCAGCUAAACUCCAAGCACUUUGGUGACUUGGUCACAUCUGGCUGUGUAUGUCCCUCAGGAACAUGCUUAAUUAAUAGCAGAGCUGAUGAAGUGCACAGAGUUGUGUGCUGAGUGUUCCAUAAUACUGAAUGGACAGAGAGAUGGAGUGAAAUCCUGUCUCCCGCCUUGAAUUCCCACUGACUUCGCUGGGGUGAAUGCAAAAUGGUUGCAAGGUGACAAACUUGCAAUAGAUCUGGAAAAUUAUUUCACAAAUAAGAUGACCUGGGUCCUUCCUGAGACACCAAGCCACAGGAGGACAUGUAUGGGAUUGUCCCAGGCAGGUAACAAUCAGCUCCCUGACCACUCCCAAGAAUUAUUCUUCCAGAGAAGACAGAGAAGGAUCUUUGCUGGUCUGCUUUUCCUCUAAGCCUGCGACACUGAACGAAGCUGUGUCUUUGCACGUAUACUGGAACUGGGACAUGAUAAACCCCACACAGGCUGUGUUCAUGAUUGAAAAAACUCACUCCAUAAUAUGUGGGCAAAUCCAUAUAUUUAUAGCUAUUUAUACCAGCUGAGAGCCUAACCCCUUACACCCUGGGAGGUCUGUUUGGAACACACCUAAUGUAGGUGCCAGUCGUCAUCCUGCCUCCUCAACAUGCAGCUUUGAGGCCAGACUUGGCUUUGUGCUUCCCUUGGCAACUUAACCAUGAUGAUACUUAGGCAUGCCCAGGGAGGUCAGGAAGUUUAAAAAAUGUUUGAGCCAAUGUCCCAGAUCUUUGCUGUCACUUAAACAAGGAGAUCCCCAAAGCAGCAAAAGCAACAGCUGCAUUUGCCAUCUUGGAUCUUAUGAUUCACUAUGGGAAUAAAGCCAAACAAGGAAAUCCUUCCUGCAUAGCACCUGUAAUGAACAUCUAAAUCCAAUGAAGUCAUCUGGACCUUGUAUGACCUACCCCUGAGCAGGCCUUUGCACAAAUAAUGGCAAGUAACAGCAUAGCUUUUCCAGACUGGAAGUCCCUCAAGAGACUCAUCUGACUAAUACCUCAAAUUCAGUAUUACAGAACCACCUUAUUCUCUGAUGGCUUGUCUUCUCUUUUGUUUUGUUUUCCUCAGCUAUGGGGUUUGAUAAGCAGUUUACAAUGUAGCAUCAUCACCUGAGGGGGAAAAAACCCAGUCCCUGCUGUUUUCCAGUCUCCAGGAGCAAUAAAAGAGUGAGAAAUGGCCUUGAGCAAGCAGUGUCCCACUAGCAAGAGAAGCAGAUUAAUAAUUAAUAAGGCUUCACUAUAAGGAAAAAGAGGUAAAACAAACCUGGCAGGAGAGGAUUUCCUUCUGUAACAUUUCCCUCAGCAUGGUUUAUGCCCUUCCCUACUAAACGGUCACCAGAAAUGCAGAGACACAAAUGAAAGCUUACUGCAAGAAUCCAAAAAUGCUUUAUCCCCUGAGACUAUGAUUCCUUCACCAACACAACAUAUGCAAAAAAGGGAUGGUGACUAGUACAACAUAGCCCCAUAAAUCAACAGCAGUUCAUCACUGAAAGUGGAACAGCCACAUCAUUUGCUGAGGCUGCAUUUGAACACAGCAGGGCUGUCCACUGACAGACCACAGGAACAGGAUAGAACUGUCAGCUUUGAUACCCAGUAGUGACUCAAUCUCUUCAUUUGCCUACAGCUCCCAGCUGUCACCUUUCAAGGGACAAGCAAACAGAAUGGCAUCUCACCACCUAGCUUUAAGUUGCAACAUCAAGUACAAAGAACAGGCACUCUCAGCUUAAUUUAGUUAGUCCAUAGGUCCUGAAAAUACACCUUCAGUUCCAUUCACAGAAGUGCUUUAAAACACUGAGUUAUUUCCAAAGUUAGAAUUAUGAAAAUCUGUUGUGUUCUGUCCCAACAGUACACUUCCAGUCUACAGCUAUGAUGCUCACAUACUAGAUGUGGCUAGCAGGAGAUUCACAAAUGCAUCAUCCCAUCUACAAGUUAUCACCAAUGAUGCUGGCUUUCUAGUCCAAAAUCCCUACACUCCAGAAAAAGAGAAGAGGGAAUACAAGGGGUAUUCUCUUAUAUGAAUGGGAAACUAAGGUAUACCCAAGAGGCAUAUAGGCAUCUAAAUAUAACACAAGGGGCAGUAAUAAAACAACAGAAAAUUUGGUAAGGAGAAGUUACAUUUAAAUCACAGAGCACACAAGCCCCACAACACACGUUGGGAUCUUUCUCACACAGAUGUGAAAACUCAGAACCUGGUCAAAGCUUCUUUUGUCCUAUUUGCUUUAAUUUUCUUCACAUAGAAACCAGGAAAGAUGAGUAGGUAUGUGUGUUUGGGUCCAACCCAAGAAGUAGCUGGGACACAGUUGCAACACCCAACCAUAUCCAUCACCUGGAAAAUUAAUUUACAUUUUGCUGUUUAGCUACAAACUGAAGAACACCUUGACUUUCUUGUCAUAUGAAAUACCAUAGGUGUGGUAUUUCAAGAGGAAUGGAACACGCAUUCCCAGGCAAGCUAAGGUCCAGAAGAACAGCAGUCCUGCUUGCAAAUGCAGUGGUGUUUUAGUCUUCCACUAAUCACAAGCAGGUACAUAAGACCUUACACCUUGUGUAUGGUUUAGUUGCUUUAUCUGGUUGGCUCGAAUUUUCAUGAAUAAGAUAAAACAAUACACAGAAAAGCCAAGGAUAAUAGUUCCUUAUUUCCAAGUGACUCAGUAGCAAACUGAUAAAUAGUACAGUGCUCAUCUUAAGGCAUUUCAUCUUCUGUAAUUUCUCUUGUAUCAUUUGCAACAGCAAUGACACACACACUUGACUUAGGAGCAAAUAAACAAAGAAGGCAGCUAUAGCUUUCAAGUAUUUCCUCCGUUUUGUCUUCUAAUUUCAUACUGUUGGUCCUGAGAUACUCACUUUAUACCCUGUUUUAUGAAUAACAGGAACUCCUUUUUAAGGAACUUUACAGUUCCAGCUAAGUCAGGUUUCCUAAUCUUUGGGUCACAACACCUUUACUACAAUGUGAGGGACAACAAAAAAAAGAGAAGUAAUAUCUUCAGGUCACUUAGUGGUGUAUGUGUAAAAGGGCUGAGUUCAUUACUUCAAAAACAAACAUUUAAAUGACAA